AGUGAGGGGAGAGUCUGGAAGAAGGAAAGAGGUGACGGAGUAGAGAAGCAAGGGAGUGAUCAGCACAAAACAACCUCCUGCCGCAAAUUGGAUUUACGAACCAAAAUCACUGCCUGCUGGCAGAGCCUCACUGGAUCGGGAAACCCAGGUGGAGCUCACGGUUGACCAUAUAACAGAAGCCUCCGCAGGUCUUGGCUCAGUGCCCUAUCUGUCCAAGUUACUUCCCUUUGCCCUGACCUUGACCAUGGAAGGCAAAGAUGAAAUCAGUGACACAGACAGUGGGAUCAUACUACAGUCAGGCCAGGUAAGCCCUGUGUCACCCCUGAAGGACCUGACCAAGGCAGUGCACAAGCAACAGAAGGCACUGGAGGCACACCUGGAGGCCUGCCUGCAGGAGCUGAGAAAGCUCUGCCUGCGUGAGGCGGAGCUAACUGGGAUGCUGCCACAGGAGUACCCUCUGAAACCAGGAGAAAAGCCCCCGAAGGUGCGUCAGAGGAUUGGCACUGCCUUCAGACUGGAUGAGAAGACCAUUGUCUCACAAGGAGCAGACCCUCUGAGCAGGCUAGAGAGAGACCUGUCUCUGCAGAUGCAGAUUGUGCAGGCUGCUCAUCACCUCUUCAUGGAGGAGAACAUUAGCAAGCAAAUCAAGAAGCGGAGGAAGAGUGCUGUGCUGAAGGAGGAGAAGAAGAUGAAAGAGCUGGAGAAUGCCCUCAAUGAAUGCCGUCUAAUGGCUGGACAGAAGCUCAUGCCCAAGGCCAGCACCACAACCACUGAGGAGCUGAGCAUAUCAGAUGAUAGCUCCUUGUUGGACACCAACCUGCAGGAAGAAGAGUACUGCCAGGCUCCAAAUCAUCAGACUGUCCCAGAACUCCUGGUGCCAGUUGAACCAGGCACCCCGGCUCUGUCCUCCUGUUUGGCCCAUCCCAAGAAACACAAGGGGCCACAGCCCACGUGCUGUGAAAUAGCAGGGCUGGAACGCACACCUAUCCAGAACAGCCCGUGGAAAGAGACCAGCCUUGAUAAGCCAUAUGAGAAGCCCAAGAAGCCAUCUUUGGAGUCUAGCAAUGUAUCAAGAGUGGAGGUGUGCCAGGACUACGUGGAACCCCGUGGAAGAAGCAUGCUACCAAGGAGGCGCCCUACAUACUACACCAUCACUGUCCCCAGCUACUGCUUUCCCCUGCCUAAGCCCAGCGUGGUCUCCAACCCCACCUAUCACUCCAGCUCUGAGGACAGCAACUCGGACGUCUCCAGCAUUUCAUAUGCCACCUCUCCUGGCAGCAGCAGCCCUGACAUCUUCCUGAGGCCAGUGCCCCCACCAGCUAUUGCGCAGCCCUCUCCAACAUUAAGGGGCCAGAUUGUUGACAGGCCUGGAGCAGUGUAUUACUACCAGACCUCCCAGCAGCUACUGCUGCCUCCUUGCUGCAUCCCAACUGUGGAGUAUGUAUCUGAGAGCCGCACGGUGGCUGCAAGGGAGUUCAGCUGCAGCCGCCCUUCCCUGGGGGCCGGUGGGCCACCUCUGUUUUCCUAUGAGGAGGACAGGGUGCCCAUGCGCUACCAAAGACUGGUGCCCUCCCAGAGCAGGAUCGUGCGCACCCCAUCCCUCAAGGACUAUGCUACAGCCAGAGGCAGGACACUUUCCAAAUCAGCUGUGACGGAGGAGCUGAAGUCAUGGCAUGUACGCACCAAGCUGAGGAACUCACGGCCCCAUUCGCUGGACAGGCAGGGGACUUUUCGAAUGUGCAGCGGGCCAGGCAAGGAGCUGUAUGCCUUGCGAUCCCCCGUGCAGCGAGUUCAGGUCCCUCAGAUCCAUGUCCUGAAGCGGUCCCCUGAGGGUGCCCCCGUGCAAGUCUACGUGCCUGAAAAUGGUGAGAUCAUCACUCAAGUCUAGAGCCAGCACUGCAUCUGCUGCCAUCCUGCCCAGCUGACUGCCUUCCUUGCCAGGGUAUCCCCAGACUUCCUGCCUGAGAGAGUGCCAGGUAGUCCGAGGCACUGAGCUCCUCAGUCUGCCACCCUCUAAGCUUCUUGGGAUGAUCCAACAUCUAUCUGCAAGCCAUAUAUUUGUGCUGAGACAGAGGCCUGGGCACUUCCUGCCUUUGUCCCCCAUUACCCCUGGAGGACACCACUGUAGGAACAGAGUUCAGACCACACUAAUCCUGACUGUGUCCUUCAAACAUAGCUGUCAUUUGGAAGACCUGGAUUAAUUUUGGCAUAUUGUUACCCUCUCUGCUCCUCUUUGGACUGAGGGGCAAACAGAGAACUGUUGUGUACGCUUCCCGCUGUGUCUUCUUUUCACUCUCAUCCUAUUUAUUUAUCUAUCUGUGGAGAAGCAUGAGAAGUGAGCUCACUUUGGACACAGUGUCCUUUCUAUAUCUUUUGGGGAAGGAUUGAUCCAGGAACAGUGUGCAGGCAAGACAAGUUUUGAAGCCUCCAUUUGGAUCUUAGAGGCAAAGGGACCUGCUAGAUUUCUUAGCAGAGUAACAGAGAGCAAGUUGUGCACAUGGUGACAAAGACCUUUGCUUUGGAAAGACAAGAGGCAACAGGUCCAUCAAAUCCCUGGGUAAUGAUUGGCUACAAAUGCAGGGGACUGCACUAAAUGGCUCCAGAGGCUUUCCUGGUAUUUAUCCCCAAGGAGACCACUGUAUUUGGUUUGUGGAUGUGUUUCAGCUGAUAAGAUUAUCAGCAGUUUUGCACUGAGACCUUGCAAACAUUGCCCUGGUGAUGGCACUUUGCUAGGACACAGGCUGCUACCUAAAUGGUACAGGAUCAUUUAGAGAGUGCCAGGAUUCGGGCAAAUGCUGAUAAAUUCUCCCUCUUAAUUGAUUCUGCAAAGCAACUGCUAGUUUGCAGACCAUGGUGCAAACAGUGCAUCCCUGCAGGAUGCAGCAGGAGUGAGCCAGCCUGUCCGUAUGUCUGCAUGUAUGGGGAAUGAAAGGAAAAAAGAGCUGGCUGCUAGUCUCUCUGCACUCCUACGAACCACUCCAACUCUCUCAUUGAAGAGGAGCCAUGAAUCUUGCCAUCUUCCAAGGCUUUAUAUAUUCUUUUCAGUUUUAUGGAAAAUGUCUUUAAGACCAGGAUACCUACCAAGCUUUGUGGGCAGCAGCUGAUAGUAGAUGAAGUUUACAAUUUCAUUUUAUCUAGGUACUUACAUCAGUCCCAGCAAAGCCAGUGCCUUCCAAGACUUUGUGGAUUUAACCUUGGAAUACCCCUGGGGGACAAGAAAAUGGUAUCCUCACUUUACACAAGUGGAACCGAGGCAGAAAGUAGUUGAGAUGACUUGAUUAAGGUUGUGCAGGAAGGUCUGUUGUGGAGUCAAGAACAGAACCCAGUUCUGUCAACUACCUGCCAAGUGCCUUAGCCACAAGACCAUCCCUGAAAGGGAAAUGCACUGAGAGCAGAGGGAAUGGGGUUGUUUCUGUGUCUUUGAGUAAUCCAAAAAGCUGCUGACUUUGCUCACAGUGGCCUUUCAUAGUGCUGGCAGGAAGUCUAAUCUUCUGAGAUCCAAUGGACAACUGGCAUUUGCUAUCCUUUAAUAUCUCUGUGGCUGGUCAGGUGCUUUUCACUAGGACUGGUUUACCAUGGAGUGUCAAAAGCAUCUUGUAAAAACAUGCCCCAGGUUUAAUAAGCCAGUUGUUUUGGAGCAGCCAGCUGGGCUCUUCCUUGCAACUUCUCUGGAUAUCCAUGAGCAUUAAUCACCUAGGUCAGUGUUUCCCAAACUGGGGCAUGCCCAUAGGCGGGAGGAGGGGAAAGGGGGUGAAUGUUCCUAUAAAGGUGCAUGCAAAUCAUGGUGACAAUCAGCUGUGCCCUUCCCCAUUCUUCAGCUACUCUUGUGACCCCCUACUUCAGACAGCAGUGCCCCUUCCCCUUGCUGCCAGGUCUCAUGGCCAAUUGCUGCCAAUUUACCCCGCUGCUGAGGGGCAGCAGCAGCAGUUUGGAACUGGUGGCAAAGGAAACAGCAGCAAAAGAAGUGGCGGCUGCAGCUGAAAUAGGGAGGCGAGAGGUCUGGGAAACACUGAGGCAGGGUAUAGAUGGAUGUAACAACUUCAGUAUCAAAGGAUACCAGUAUAAGCUGCUAUCAUGCUACUGCUACAUUUGCAUAAUUCUGUGGUGAUACGAGUUUAACCCUGUUUCAUUCAAGGUCAAAGUCAAGGUAAUUUAGUGUAAUUAUGUCACUACCAGAUCAUGCAGCUGUGAAAGUGACAGUAUAAUAGCUGAUACACACUUCAAAGCAGCAGCCCCCUUUCCUUUUUAAAGCAGGUAAAAGAUAUAUUUGCCCAUACCCCUAAACAGUUCUGCAGCCCUCACCCCUAUUUAGUCUAAGUGCCUUUCAGUCCUCCUCCAUCUCUCAGGCAGAGAACUGAAGCCCACAUACAUUAAACAGUUUGCUCAGGAAAACUGGAGCAGAGUCAGAAAUCGAGCCCACAUCACCAGAGUCCCAGCCUAGUACCUUGUCCUCUCUACCAGCCUUCCCUACUUAGACAGCUAUCGUUGUUUCCUGUUAUACUCCCAUUUUGCUCACUAUUCUGUAUCUCUUAUGAUUGUCCAUGUGUCUUUCUUUUAUUUCUCUGAUAGACUAGAGAUGUUAACCUACUAACGAUGCUAACAGAAUUAGUAACUACUUUUUAUAUAUGGUAUCCAUGGCACAUGCUUUCUUUAUAUUAACUUAUUUGUAAUAAUGUACAGUAUUUGGUACCUAAUCUAUGAAUGUGUAUUCAACUACAAAGGGUCAAUUUUGUUCUGGAUUUCAUUCCAAA